AUGACCGGGGUUUUUGAGAAUUUAAAUACCGAUAUGCAUUCGAACCAGAUUACCUCAAGCAAUUUCCACAGUUUGCAUAAAUCGCAGGAGUCUCCGACUCUGCCAGUGUCCACGGCGACGGACAGCAGCUAUUACAACAACCAACAGCCGGGCCACAGCUCUCCGUUUGGCCAGCUCGGCGCGUACCAGUACCACGGCAACGCCACGAGCACUGUGCCAUAUAACGCCAAGUCCUACGACCUUGGCUUCAACUCAUCGUACGGUGCAUACAGCUCGUACGGCAACAACUCCUCUCCUACUCCAGCCGAGACAGAAAAAGAAGAGCGUGAGCCAGAAAUCCGGAUGGUUAAUGGAAAACCAAAGAAGGUCAGGAAACCUCGGACCAUUUAUUCCAGCUUCCAACUGGCUGCCCUUCAACGGAGGUUUCAAAAGACGCAGUAUUUGGCUCUCCCGGAGCGGGCCGAGCUGGCAGCAUCGAUGGGCCUUACGCAAACACAGAUCAAAAUCUGGUUCCAAAACCGCCGCUCCAAAUUCAAGAAGUUGUGGAAAAGUGGAGAAAUCGGCCCCGAGCAACAUGUUGCUUCCAGUGAAUCUCCCCCGUGCACGUCUCCACCGAUUACUGCCUGGGACUUUCCACAGACUCAAAGAAUGAACACGAUCAACUCCAGUUUACCUCAGAGCAGCAGCCCUCCCAACACGUCUGCGCCUUCAUCGUUUUUGGCAAACUACUCCUGGUACUCCACCACGAACUCUACAAUGCAUCUGCAGCCUGCACCUCUGAUCCAGCACCACCACAACCCCGCCAUAAGCGCUGGGACGAUAUUUUGAACAACAAACAAACGAAACAAAAACAAAAACAAGGGGUUUAAAUCGGACAAUACUGGUGAUUAAAAAGAAAAAAAUGCCAUUACCUUCAUUUUACAGACCUCGAGCGUGCGCCAUGCGAUCGUUACGCGCAAGCACCUAUAGGAAACGUUUAGGGGGCAGACAAGCUCAUGGACCUUGUCAGUUUUUGCGCUCGCAAACGUUAGUCACAGAUUUCUACAGUUAUUUUUGUAUUUAUUUAUUUUGUUUAUGUCGAGGGAUGAGUGAACCACUAUUACCCAAAGCAAUCACAGACUGGCGCGAGCCUACUUUUACGCGGGCGUCACUUGUUCUGCCAUAUGUGCAGAAACAAAACAUCCAUCGUUACAAACGUAGCACAAGUUAACUGUAUCGUGCCUUUUCAAUAUGACCUCAUUUUGUUGUGCGAUCCAACAGUGUACCUAUAUGUCAAGUUGAUUUUAAUAUAGGCCUAUGGGGGCUUAAGUGAAACCAUGUUUGUAAAUAUUUUACCAGCUUUUUGAUAGCCCAUAUUGCUUUGACUCUUUUUUAUUAGGCUAUUGGUGCAAAUCCAUUAACCACCUUAAGCUACUGAUUGUUCUACCCUCGGAUUUAGGCUACUUGUAGGCUACCACACUUAAUUGUAUUUUUGUCUUAUUUAUUUUAGCA